GCACCGCGAAAGAGGCCUCUAUCAUCGACAGCGAGGCCCCAACAGUCGAUAUCGGUCACCAGGCUCCGGCCGGGGCACAGCUGAGGGAGUGACGGUCCCAGGCGAUGGCGAAGCGGCGAUGGGGGGAGGUCGAUUGCUGGGCAGGGACGGUAGGGCACCAUGGUCAAGCCACUGGAGAGCUGGGGAGGGGACUUGCCGCUGGGUAGGAUGACUCGUUUAAGGCCAGCCCUGCGGAGACACGAUGGAUCACGGGAUGAGCAUUCUUUUGUGAAUGUCUGUUUGUCUGUGUGUGUGUGUCCAUAGGGAGCAUUGCUUCCCAGGAGACCAGAAGCACAGUCAUGAAAACUCACGCGUUGUCAUCGCAUGUUUGUGUUGCCAAUUGCAUUCAUGUCUUGGUGCAGGGUUGGGCAAGACAAAGACGAGCAGCCGCUUCCAUUGCUGGAUCGAGGACGAAGUGAAGCCCCUAAGUCAGAAAGCCGCAACCACAUACAAGCACGUUACCUCUAUGCGCUUUCGGCUUACAUUGAUUCUGUCGCAACUGAAUCCCUGCUGUAUUGUCUGCUUCAGGUGGCAACCUCUAUGGCUUAGACCACCGCAACGUGUUGUUAGGUAAAAGAAGAAUCACAAGAACGCACCUCUGCGACGACCAUGGUAGCAUCCCAGAAAGUCUCACAAAUGCUCUUAAUCAAAUCUCUCUCUCUUCUGGACUGCUGUUUUGGGUCGAUUCAGAAGUCGAGGUUGUUGGCAUCAAGGGAACUGACAAGACCCUGAAGCAGGAAGCCAAGCGAACGGUCACUCGGCCUCCCGCCACCCACAAGACCGUCAAGCACAACGUGAUCAAAAAGGAGUCGUCAGGUGAUCUCACGGUGUGCAGAAAGGAUGGGAGUGAUUUUGUGCAUGAGGGCAAGAAGUCAAGCAAGCCUGCAUCAAUUGAAAUGACAAUUGCGCAAAGACGGAUUUCUUUUGUGUAUCUUUGCAUGUGUGUGUUCGAUUCAAGCCAUCACCCGCCUCCGAUUUCGGAGAUGUCACAGUGGGCUGAAGACAUUGAUGUCUUCAGCCCGAGUAACUUCGUCUUCAUCACAACGAACAAAGACAUCACCCACGCGAAGAACUUUAAGAGCGGCCGCGUCUUCGACUUCCAGCGAGUGAUUGGCGAGCAGCGGUAUUGGCUCAAUGCGAUCUUCCUCGCGAAACACGGCUGCACGGCAGCGCUAGAAGAGCUGCACGGGAGACUGAUGCGGCGACAGCAUGAUGACGGCCGGGACCUGUCCAUUGCCAAGAAGACCACCACCAGCAAGAAUGCCAAAGUGAAUGUGAGCAGCAAUGCAAUGGGCGGCACCAUCGGACCUCCGAGUUCAUCAUCCCCAGCACACGCACAUGAAGCCGGCUGCAGCCUGUGGUCAAAUGGGAUGCACCAAAUGGCGAGCGAUAUGCGCAUCAGCCCUGCUCAAGGCGUCGACCAAUAUGCAGCCACCCAGUGCUUCAAUGCACUUCUGACUGAGUCAGCCAUCGAUCUGCUGUGCGAUGCAGAGACACUGUCAGGGGAUUGGAGAGAGAGACAUGACACGGGACGGGGCACGGGAAGCGGAGAGAAGGAAGACGUGUUUGCGAUUGGUGAACGGGAUGGUUGUAUGAUGUGCGAAGCGAGAUGGGAUACGCAUAUGGAUGGCUAGCUGGUGUGUGCCAUUCAUGUCAGUGCUGCCGUAUGUAAUGUGAUAUCUGUUCGUUUCUGGACGACAGACAGACAUAAAGGCACUCUCUGGUCGGCUGGGAUGGGUGGGAUGGGCGGGCCCGCCUACUGCUUUGGUGGUGUGAUGUCUCUGUUGCUGGUUAGGUGAAGUGGGGGAUGGAGCAGGCGAUGGACAGACAGGCACUAGGACUGAUGAAUGAAGAGACUCAUUGUGUGUGACCAUGGAUGGAUAGAUAGAUGACUCGUCUGUCUGUGCUGUCGGUCGACGGCUGUAAAGUAGCGGCAGUUGCUUUCAAUCCACUGCUAGCGGUCUACAUGUCCAUGUGUGUACCAUGCAUGGGGCGGUCGGUUGAUGUAUUGGAUGGAUCUGCAACAGGCAGGGUGCGCGUCUGUCAGAUCCAUUUCGACUCGCAUUAUGUGACACACACAGCCAGGUCCAUGGUAAUGUAAUGCGCGGCGUACCGUAUGCCCACUUGUCAGCGCCUUGCUUGCGAAUAACGUCUUAGUCGAAUCAGUCAGCGACCGUG